GUUCGCGCGAAUCUGGAUGGAUGGAUAUACCCAGACAUGCCAUAGAUUUGUCCAUUUUUCGUACUGGUCGCCUGUCUGAUUCCAACGUACCCUGCAAUGCGGGGUGUGUCUCUGAUUCUGGAUGGACCUGGUCAUGGAGCUGAAGCUCUUCCGCGGACCCAAUCCCAACGCUCCUCCUCCUCCUCCACCACCACCACCACCACCUUCACCACCACCACCACCACCACUACCACCACCACCUCCACCACCACCACCUCCACCACCACUACCUCCACUGCACCGCAACUGCGCCUAAAGUAUGGAAAAAAUAAACCCCGUGCGGCACGGCAGACUUUCUUGGAGGGGGAUGGGGGAGCGAGCGAGCGGCUGGGCAGCGAAGCCUCGAUGAUGCUGAUGCUGAUGAUGAUGAUGAUGAUGAUGUCGGUUCCCAGAAACCCCGUGUACCCUCGUGACUCUGCCUGGCCCAUGGCUUUUCUGCCGAGGAAAGGUCCCCCCCCCGAGUCCCUCGAAAGGCCGGUCUUACCAAGAACACCAACUACCACACACCACACACACACUCAGACACACACAUCCUGAGCGGCGGGCGCACCAUGUUACUUCCAUCUGCUAAGCAAGAGCACGGUGCUCCUCCACCGAUGGACCCCAUAUUCUCCUACCUACUUAAAAAGCUUCAGAUGCCUCCCCACUCUUCCCGUCACGCCAAUUGCUUCUUCUCCCCCUUCCCUCACCCCACUACUCAUCCGGACCAUACCGUGCUCGACCAUCCAUAUAUACAAACGAAAGACUGCACCCUUCCGCCCCCUGGAACUACAUACCUACUACUGC